GCAGCAAGCAGACGCAGGUGCCUGGCAACACCGACAGCUCGCCCUCGGGCUUCCCGCGCGAGCUCACACGAGCAACGACCCGGCCUGGCUGCCUAGGUUGACCGUGGCGUGAUCGCUUGCCCUGUCUCUCUUCCCGCUGCCGCCUCGCUCCUAUCUUCACCAUGACAAAUCCAUAUCAUCACCCGCUUGGCUCGACAACCUUGGCCGGCGGUGAGGCCUCUGCCGGGCUGCCACCCGUCAACGUGCGACGGCCCUCGUACGCAUCCGUUGUUUCCGGUGGCUCCUCGUCUCUGGCUCGCCCCGGCCGCUCGUCCUUCUCGCACCUCCUGAAUCCCACGCCCGACUCCGAGCAGCAACCACACGCCAGCAACCAUUUUGCGUCUGCACAAGCCCCUCAAUUCGAGCCGGGCGGAGCGUAUGCACAAAACGGAGCUUCCGGCGAAGACGACUCGGCGAGGUACCAGUUCAACCAGACCCUCGACCGCGCCCUUCGGCCGUCCCGACUCGGAUCCAGCUUCCCAUACUUCUCCCGCGCCUUCGAUCUCUACAUGGGCAAAGACCCGCUGCCCCCAACCCAUUCCACCGCUCCAGAUGACCUUCGCUUCCCCUCCGACCCCACGAUGCCGAACGUCAGCAGCACCGGCUUCUUGUCCCCAUCGUACCUACGAGGGACCAUAUACCUACAAAAAUUGGAAGAGAAGCACAGGGCAAAGCUGCUUGCCGAGCGUGAGGGUGGCCUCUCGGCGGGAGCGCAACCGGGGCCGUCCGCCUCGGUCGCUUCUUCGCGGAUCGUCAGCAACGGGAGCUCGUCACACUUGCCCAUGCUGGGCACCAAGGUGACUGGCUCGGCACACAGAGGGGUGGCGUACGAUGUCGUCGAGAAACCCAUGUUGGAGAGCGAGGCAGACGACGAAUUCAGCCCGCUGCCGUCAAAGUGGAACAAGGACGACAAGGAAGCCGCAUUAGAGGUUCUGGGCGAUGGGUACGAAGUCAGGCAUACUGGACGAGUAUUGAGCGACCACGAGGCGAGCUCGAUUCGGGCGGACCACUACAUAUCGCCAUCAUGCGGCGUGUAUUACUUCGAGAUUACCGUGCUGCACAAGAGGAAGGAUCAGGCCAAGAUGCCCCCGAUUGCCAUCGGCUUUGCGAGUAAAGAAGCCUCGGUAACCCGAGCUCCCGGCUGGGAGCCGGACUCGUGGGGCUACCACGGCGACGACGGCAACUCGUUUGCGUCCCAAAACGUCGGGAAGCCCUACGCGGCGCAGUUUGGAACCGGCGAUACCGUAGGCUGCUUGCUCAACUUCCGCCUGAACCAUGCGCUGUUUACAAAGAACGGCCAAGAGCUGCCAAUUGCUUUCAAGGACAUCCCUUUCAAGGAUAUCAAGGGGAAGCUCUAUCCCAUUGUCGGCCUCAAAAGGAAGGAUGAUCACAUCAUGGCCAACUUUGGCCAGCGGCCGUUCAUGUUCGACAUCGACGGGUACAUGAGGACACAGCAAGAAAUAAUCGAGGAAGAGAUUCGGCUGGCGGACACGUCACGUCUUGUGCCGGGGCUGUCGGAGACGGACCUCAUCCAGCAGCUGGUCCUUCAGUUCCUGCAACAUGACGGCUACGUAGAGACGGCGCGCGCAUUCGCCGAGGAGCUACAGGCGGAGAAGACGGCCCUCCGGCUCGACCCCAGCGAGCCUGUCAAGGGCAUCAACAUCCGGGACGAUGAGGACGCGCACAACCGGCAGCGCAUCCGGCGUGCCAUCCUCGAGGGGGACAUCGACCGCGCCAUGAGGGAUACCAAUACGUACUACCCCAGCGUGCUCCGCGACAAUGAGCAGGUCUACUUCCGCCUGCGCUGCCGCAAGUUCAUCGAGAUGAUACGCCAGGAGGCAGAACUCAACCUGCAUCUCGAGAGCCUCAGGCGCGCGGCCGCUCCGCAGCAGCAGCAGAUGCCUGACCGCCGCGAUAAGGACGAGGAGAUGCUGGAGCCCGGCGAGGCUGGCGACGACGACCGCCAGGAGGGCGACAGGCCGGACCUCCAUCAUCACUAUCAUGACAAUGACAUGGAGAUGGAGGACGGCCUUGCUGCCGGCGAAGCGGCGGCCAUCGACGCGGUGGCCGCCGCACUGAGCCGCCUCUCGCAGGAGGCCCUGGCGUACGGGCAGGAACUGCGCGCCGAGUUCGGAGCGUCGGACCACCCGCGCCGCGAGACGCCUAAGCAGCUGGACGAAAUCUUUGCCCUCAUGGCGUACCCCAACCCGCUCAAGGUGAAGGAGGUUGCGCACCUGUUAGAUGGGAGCGGUCGCGUGGCCGUCGCGGAGGAGCUGAAUUCAGCUAUCCUAACGUCGCUUGGCAAAUCAUCGCGCGCCGCGCUGGAGAACGUCUACGCGCAGACGUGCGUGCUGCUGGAGGAUCUGCGACGCGACGGCGGCGACGGCGCCUUCGUCACCGUGCAGAGCGUCAUCGACAAGAUCCCCCGGCCGAGGUUGCGCUAGCGAGCCCUCAUCGGCUCCCCCUCCCCCCCGGGCCCCUGCAACCCGCCCCCUUCCCCCGAUCAAGCCGAGCCCGGCAGCUUCCCUUGCUUCGUGAUGAAUGUUGAAAGGGAAGGGCUUGAGC